GUCUGUUUCAACUUAUGACAAUCAAUCAAUACACAUGCAGAUGUCAGGUUCGUAUGAUGACAACGAAUUGAAACAUUUCCAACACACAUCUGUAAAUUGUGAAAUUGGUUCUGAUGUUUCCAUUCUUGUUAAAAAUGAUCAGAAUAUUCCGGAUGAGAUUCAAUCUGACAAUUUUUCUAUUUCAAAGAUAUCUUCCGAUGAUGAGCAAAUGUCUGUUAGUGAUUCUGAAGAUUUUGAUUCUCCAAUGUCGUCUGAUUCUUGUUGCUGUAAUUGUGAGUGUGACAACUGUCUUCAAGAUGCUCCUGCAUUUCAAGGAAUAGAAAUAUGGAAUGGCCUCACGUUUACAGAAUCAGAUGGCCAUGGACAUACUGAUAUGACUAUUGACAAUCCAACUUUCGCUAACAAAAUGUACUGUUAUGGAUUGGAUCUUAAUUUGAAUCAAGUUCAACCGUUGAAAAAUGACAAUGAUGAUGAUGACUACUCGGUGCCUUCAGCUGAUGGGAAUCAAAAAUUUAUAAAUGUUAACCAAUCAAAUGUGUGUAUUAGAGUGAAAGAGCCAGGUGGAAUCGUUGAAUUUCCACAAAUUCUAGCAGAUGAAUUUGGAAGUAAGAAAGUUAUUGUUGAAAAGAUCCAGUCCUGUCCAAUUAAGAAUGUCGCUCAAGAUGAACCUGUAGAUAGUGAUAGAGGUGUUUCUGAUGGUAGAACUUUUUCUUCCAGUGAUAUUGAAGCCAAAAACGAAGGAGUAAGUAGUGGUACUGGUGGUACUGGUGGUGAUGGUAAGAGUGAAGAUAAAGGUGGCAAUAGACGAGGAGGUGGUAAGCGGACACCAGGUGGUAAAACAACUAAAUUACCAGCUUGUUGUUUACCAAAUAAUAUGAUGAAUACAUUCUAUAUUGGUGGUGGUAAUGGGGUCGCAUUAGUGGAAGGUGCUUUACUGAAUCUUGGUUGGAAACGAACUACAGAUAAAUAUGACGAAAGAUUUAAAUUAAAAUGGGUUGAAUGUAAAAGUAGAAUUAACUAUCAGUCGUUUAGAGAAGGCGAUCAGCUUGUCAAUCAUAUUCCCAACUGUCACUUAUUGACCAAUAAAAUGGGCCUGUUAAACAGUUUACAAGAAUAUGAAAGGGUUACUUUAUCAACUAAAGGGAGACCACCCCGUCUGAAAAUGGUAGAUAUUGUACCAGAGACGUAUAAACUAGAUGAUAAAAAUGACAGAGAAACUUUUUUAGAACAAUAUAAAGAUGGUGAAAUGUGGAUAUGUAAACCAACUGGCAUGAAUCAAGGUAAAGGUAUAUUUUUACUCCGGUCUAAAGAAGAAAUCGACAAAUUAUUGUCUGAACGCGAGGAGAAACAACAACAGCAACGAAAAUCUACCAGGCCACUCAUGUCAAGAAUAGUUCAAAGAUAUAUACACAAUCCACUAUUAUUAGAUGGUAGAAAGUUUGAUAUUAGAGCGUAUAUGUUGAUAGCUAGUACUACACCUUUUCUUGUGGUUUAUCAUAAAGGUUAUGUACGAUUAUCAUGUAUGCCAUAUAACGGAGAGGAUACCAAUCUAACCACCCAUCUUACCAAUCAGUAUAUACAGAAGAAAGAUCCUAAUUAUCAAGAAGUAAAGGAAGAUACAGCAUGGAGUAUGGAUAAAUUUAAUGAUUAUAUAAAUGAAAAAGUUGCUCCUGAGAAAAACUUAGAACCGGACUUUGUUUAUAAUUAUCUGACGAAACAAAUGCAGAGAGUUAUGUUACAUUGUUUUAAUAGUGUAAAACAUAAAUUACAAUCUAAGAUGGGAUAUUUUGAUUUAUAUGGAUUAGACUUUAUGAUUGAUACGGACAUGAAGGUCUGGAUGAUAGAGAUUAAUGUUAAUCCAUCGUUGAGUACGAACUGUGAAGCAUUACGAGAAGUUAUACCAUCUGUGGUCGAGGAAUCCAUUAAUGUGUCAAUAGAAUGUUUUGAAAAAAGUCGAAAAAAUCAGGCCUUGAUGCCGUUGAAUUCUUUAAAAGGAUUUACUGUGCUUUAUUGUGGAUCUCAACCCAAUGCUGUUCAAUCUCGUCAACCACGUAGUAUUUCACCUGCUAAAGACACACCCGAAAAAAAUCCUAAAGUUACGCAAGUGUCACCCAACAAAAGAACUGUUUCACCUUCUCGAUCUUUUAUUCCUAGAACGAACGCUACCCAUAACAUGCCUCCAAUACAGUCCAAGUCUGGAACUGUGAAUACUGAAGCCGAACUGUUCGCCAAAAGUCCUUACAGUCAUGCAAUUACACACCCCAAACCAGUGAAUUUUCAAAAUAAAAUGACUCAUCCGAAACCAGUAAAUAAACCAGCGACAACGGUCAAGACGGCGACGGCACCUCAAAACGACCCGACGAAAAGCAGUAAAUCGCCACUAAAAUCCACACCUCCCUCUAUUACCCCUCCAAAAUCUACACCACUCUCGAAUACGUCUCCAAAAUCUACACCACCCUCGAAUACUUCUCCAAAAUCUACACCACCCUCGAAUACCACACCUAAAUCUACCCCCUCGAAUUCCCCACCUAAAUCUACGACCCCCUCGAGUACGCCUCCUAAAUCUACGACACCAUUGACUAUCCCAUCUAAAUCAUCUAGUCAAGGUAGCUCUCCUACAGGAGACGAAGUUAAAUUAAAAAUGGUGCAUAAAAAUUCUGUAAAACUUAAAACCGACGCAGUGACUAAUGACAGAGGUAACUGAGUGGCCAAGGCUAGAGAUAAAACCGGCAGACAUUUUUGAAGUUGUAAAAAUGGUUUUAGACUACAUCAAAAUAGAACUGACGCACAAAUUUAAAGCGACAGUGAUUUUUGAAGUUGUAAAAAUGGUUUUAGACCACAUCAAAAUAGAACUGACGCACAAGUUAAAAGUAACAGUGAUUUUUGAAGUUGUGAAAAUGAUUUUAGACCACAUCAAAAGUUAAAAGAAUCUGAUUGUCAUUUACAUGUUUCUGACAAUAUUUUAUGUGAUAGCUGUCUUCUAUUCACCAAUCGAUUCAGGGUUGUUCUGGUUCACAUUAUCCUUGAGAUAAUCAGGGAAAUCCCCAAAGAGGAACGUGAUCAAGUAAUUGACCAUUUUGUGCGACAUUACAAGUUUACUUCAAACACUGUGGAGGCCAUUUGGAAAGAACAUGACUUUUAUGCAAAUCCACCAACAUAACUGAAACUUUAGGGAAUGAUCGUACACAGACUGAUGUUUAAGAAAUUUGUUGGACCUUUGUAGGACUCAAUAAAAAUUUUAUGGGUUCUGUAUUUUUUGGGGUCACCUUGUAUUUAGUCAUGCAUGGUUGGAGUUAAUUUUUUUUAUGAAAGAUACAUGUAAGAGUAUCAUAACAUUAAUUGAUAGAAGACCUAUAAUAAAAGUAGUAAAUCCUGAAAGUUGUAGGUGUUAUUAUAAAUGUUAUACCUCUACUGAUAAAUGUCAUUCCAUCAUAUCUCUAAUAAUUAGUUUGGUAUCUAGCCCAAGAUCACAAAUCAUUAUUAGACUUAAGUUAAGAAUUUACUCAACUUUUAAUCACUGUUUAUGAGAAAUAUCUUUGACUCAGAAACACAAAACUUUGUACAUAGUUUCUGAUUGAUGUAUUUGAUACAUUAAAACAGCAAAAGUUUUAUAAAGGGCUAUAUUUUAGUUAAAAUAAGGCGUACAAUCUUCAGUAAAUUCUUUACUUAAGCCUGAGAAUGCUUUGUGAACUGGGGGCCUGAUAUGUUGUCAAAAUAUUGUUUUACUCAGAAUAAACAUGUGCCAAAAUUGUGUAAUUACUGAAGUAAUAAAUUCAGUAAUAUUGGUAGUAAGUAGAGAUUUCUGUGUAUUCAAUAAUAUCUGUCAAUGGUUUGAUAUAGUAUUGUGUAUGUUUUUUAAAAUUGUCAUUCAAAAGCAAAUAGAAGCAUUAAAAUUUAUUUAAUUUUUGGGAGCCAGGGUGGCUCAGCGAGUAAGGUGCUGACUUACUAACCAGAAGAGUUUGGGGGACAUUUUUCCUGAACACCAGUGCUAUGGCCUACUCUUAUAUCGAAUUCCAACUACCAAGGGAUCUUUUACGUGCAUGCCAAUGUGUACAUGGGACCUUGGUUUUCCGUCCCAUCCGAACGACUAGACAGCAGUCCAAUUGUAUGGGACGAAACAAUCAGCGUGCACGUUAAAGAGCCCUUGACAGUUGGAAUUCGAUGAAGAGUAGCAAGUAGACAGAAAUCCUGCUGUCCAGACACUUCAUUAGCCCAGAAAUUAGGCCGUUAAACUAAGAUACAAUCAAAAUUAUAAGAAAUACUGCAAUUCGAUUGGCUGACCAGUAAAAUCAAUUUGCAUAUAUCCAAUUUGCAUAUUGGUCAGCCAAUCGAAUUGCAGUAUUUCUUAAAAUUUCGAUCGUAUCUUAGUUUAAGUUUUCGUGAAUAAGGGUCCAGGUAUAUUUACAAUAACCAGUAUUAAGAAUAACAAAUAAAGGUCCAUGGAGUGAGUCCUGUCUAUGCUUUAUUCUUAUAGUUGCUUGAAAUCAAAAUUUAAUUUAUUGUUAAGUGUAUAAUACAUUGUUUGUGAAUAGAUUAUAGUUUUAGAAUUUUUUGUUGUGUUGAAAUGAGGUUGGGUGGCCGAAUGUGAUUGAGUCGAUUCCCCACUUGUAUGUGUCAAGGAGCAGGGUUGGCUGUAAGCGUGUGGGUUCUUUCUGGAUCCUCAGGUUUCCUUCCUUACAAGUUGGGUGGCCGAAUGUCAUUGAAUCGAGUGUUAUGGUUUUCGAUAUCCCACUUGUCCGUGUCAAGGAGUAGGGUUGCCUAUCUAACCAUGUUGGUUCUCUCCGGUUUCCUUCCAAACUUUCUGCUCAAAAUAUUGGGCAGUUUUUGUAUCGGUUGACUUGUUAUUCUCUUGUUUAUUUGAACACCGUCCAUUAGAGAUAUAUUUUAAACAAUAAUAAGUGAUGUAUAAUUUAUCUGUGAUACUAUGUUUUAUUUGUUUAAUAUUGUUAUUAUAAAAUAUUCUUAUUUAUAUUUACACAAUCAUUUUGUUGAAGAAAAAUAAAUAAUUUUGUCAAUUGA